AUGAACAAAAUAUUGAAAAUCGGUUUUAUUGGUGGCGGCAAAAUGGCACAAGCAAUGGCAAAAGGCAUGAUUUCCGCAGGACUAACGGAGAGUAAGCACUUGAUUGCUAGCGUUCAUCCAUCAGAUAAAGCAUCGCUUGAAGCAUUUAGGGACUUUGGAGCCGAAGCUGUCACUAACAAUCGAUCUGUUGUUGAAAAGUCUGAUGUGGUUUUCUUAUCUGUGAAGCCAAAUGUUGUAAAGACAGCGUUGACUGACGUCAAAAGCAUAUCCUCUGGAAAAUUAUUUGUGUCGAUUGCUAUGGGAAUAACUUUACAAGAAAUCGAAAAAAAUCUGAACUCUGAUUCAAGAGUAAUCCGUGCUAUGCCAAAUACGCCUGCAAUUGUGCAAGCAGCUGCAUCAGUAUUCGUUCGUGGUUCGAAAGCAACGAGUCAUGAUGCAAAACUAAUUCAGACUCUCUUCGAAUCUAUUGGAACGUGCGAUGAAGUUUCUGAGUACAUGAUGGAUCCGGUGACAGCACUUUCUGGCAGUGGGCCAGCAUAUAUCUUUGUGUUAAUUGAAGCCUUGGCAGACGGCGGCGUCAAGAUGGGGUUGCCAAGAGAUUUAGCAUAUCGAUUAGCAUCUCAAACAGUGAUGGGAUCAGGGAAGUUGGUCAUCCAGUCUGGAAUUCAUCCUGCAGUUCUCAAAGAUAACGUCACAUCGCCAGCAGGUAGCACCGCAAGUGGACUUCAUAAUCUUGAGAAAAAUAAUUUUCGAAAUGCAAUUAUCGGUGCUAUUGAAGCUGCAACUGAAAGGUGUCACGAAAUAUCAAACACUCAACCAUGAAUCUCAAAUCAAUAGAAAAUAAUUAUCGGACUAAAGCUCUACGUUUUACAUCGAAGAAGUUAUUAAACGAAGGAAGAACAAAUACGUGCACA